AUGCAGUCUGCUCUUCACAAGGUCGUCGGGCCCGACGAAGUCCAGCCCCAGAACCUCAGCGGCCGGGUGGCCGUCGUCAUCGGCGGCGCCCUCGGCAUCGGCUACGAGGUCAGCGCCGCGCUGGCCCGCGCCGGCUGCAAGGUCAUCAUGGUCAACCGCUCGCAGGACCAGGGCGACGCGGCCAUUGCCGAGAUCCAGAAGCAGAGCAAAGGCGAGGCGGACAUUGACUGGAAGGAGUGCGACCUCGGCAACUUGGCCGAGGUGCGCGCCGUCUUUGGCCGCCUGCGCAAGUCGCUCGAGCGCCUCGACUACCUGGUGCUGUCGGCGGGCAUCAACGCGAACCAGUACGCGCUCGACCACGACGGCAUCGAGCGCAUCUUUGCCGUCAACUACCUCGGCCAGGUCUACGCCGUCAACCAGCUGUGGGCGGCGCUGCGCAAGACGAGCCUGAUGCCCGGCGUGACGGCCCCGCGUGUUGUGGCCGUGUCGAGCGUCAUGCACCAGCACGCGCCGUCCAACGUCCGGUUCGCGUCGCUCGACGAGAUCAACGAUAAGAAUCUCAGCCCUGCAGAGCUCUACGCGCGCUCCAAGCUGGCCCAGAUUCUCUUUGUGCGCUUCGGGCUGGUCAAGCGUGUCAUUAAGCCCACGAGCGACUCCAUCUAUGCCCUGGCUGUCCACCCAGGCACUGUCAACACGGCCAUGCAGGAGCAGUGGAAGGAUGCGUACCCCGGCGUCACUGGGCAGCUCAUCGCGGCCGCCAUGAAGACGGUCGGCCGCGACCCGGAGCAGGGCUCGUACAGCACGCUCUGGGCACUCACGGCACCGGAUGUUGAGCAAAAGAACCAGAAUGGCGCCUACUUUACGGAUCCCGGCCAGCGCGGCAGCGAAAGCGCGCAGGCGUCGGACGAGCGGCUGGGUGCGGCGCUGUGGGAGCUGAGCGAGAAGCUGAUCAAGGAGAAGCUGGGAGAUGAUGCGCUCGAGAGCUGGAGAAACACGGAUUUCGUUUAG